AGAGAGGCUAAGACUGAGAAGAGAUAGGGAGCUCAGCUCACUGACAAGACGCACAACAAGAGGGGAGAAAGACGAGAACUACGGAGCUCAGUUACACACUCAAGUAACUUCAAACCAGCUCUACCAACUUAAAGAGACAAAGAUAGGAGAGAAGAAGAGAAAAGAACAAAGUCUGGAUUUUGUGACUUUUUUUUGUGGCCUGCUUCUCUUGGAUUUCUCUGGACAUUUUAUGAGAAGCAGCAUUAAUCCUUCUUCAAUUUCCUGUUUUUAUUUAUUCACUUUUUACUGAACAGAGUGGCAUCUUUUCUGCAGACCUCCUCCUCCGCUUUUCUGAAGAGACAUGAUUUGAGACAUGAGUGUGGAGUAGGUUUUUUGGUUGUAUUAAUGAAUGACGAGAUAAUGUGUGUUUUUGUCUCCGGAUUUGAGUGUGUAGGUGUUCAUACAAACUUUUAGGGAGGGAUUUCUCAAGAAUCUGUGUGAUCAACAGGCAGCAAAGAGCGGCAGUCUUGGGAAAAAGGGGGAGGAGGUAGUGAGAGGUUUUUGAGGCGAGCCCCCAGUUGUUCCCAUCGUGAGGUGAUCUGAGUUAUGGAUGUUGACGCAUUCCUGCGGCACUGCUGAGGAAUAAACAGCACCGGGGACUACAGCAGAGUCAGCCACAACACCGCAGGCUUCAACCACCGGCAGCAGCUUCAUCGCCAUCACCAUCAACAUCACCGACAACGACACAUCUGCUGCGACAAAUCCACUUCACACAGGUCAUUCUGCAGGUUUCAACACCUACAUUCCCAGUGAGGUUGGGGGUCCCCGCACAGAGGAGGUGUAGGCGGUCAUUCAGGGGGGGUUUCUCCCACUCUUGCUCCCUUUCCCUGCACCCAGCUCAGCAUGCCCCAGCCCCUGAGCAUCUCCACAGCUCUCCCAGCUCCACUACCAUGUGUAGAUGGACAGUGACGCAAGGUGCACCGGUCGCCUGGUUCUCCUCCCGCCCCUGCCACAGACCUCCUCCGCACCUCCUCCUCUCUCUCACCUUUCUCCUCCUGCUCCUCCUGCUCGGGCCUUCUUCGUCUUCACCGCUGUCCUCCUCAUCAUCAUCAGACUCUGAAGGGAACCAAAAUGCACCAGGAGGGACUCUUUCCGAUUUCUCCACUUCACCCCUUCCACUUUACUCAUCACCACAACCGCUGCACGCAUCCUCUGCAAGGUUGCCACGGGCAACCAAUGUGUCUUCUUCCUCGGCGACAGUCGUCGGGCGCCACGUGCGGAGCAGCUACAACCAUCUACAGGGAGAUGUGCGCAGGAGAAAACUGUUCUCCUAUCAGAAAUUUUUCCUUCGCAUUGACAAGAAGGGGAAAGUUAACGGCACCAAAAGUGAGGACGAUCCGUACAGUAAGUCAACUUUUUAUAAAAAAUUUAACUUGAGUUUUUGGGUUUUCAUGUUUUAUUCACAAGAAUGGAAAAACAAGAAUGAAAGUCACAGCGGGAAUUUAUGUUGCAGUCAAAAGAAGAGCUGCAAAUCAAAAAGGGGAACAUGCUAUAAAACAAUUUUACAUCAGCGAAUAGAAAACGAAAAUCCUAAAUGCUAUGGUAGAACAUUCACAUUCCUGUUUUUCCAUCCUUUACAAACUCCGCACAUUAUGACAGGUGACUGGGCAUGAGAACAAAUAACAUAACUGUGUGAUUUUCAGCCUCUCCCCAUGUGCACAGGCAGUAAGCACAUUUGCCAGACUCCAGAGAGUCAAGGACGGGACUGCAUGACAGUGAAACAGGAAAAGAAAAAGCAAAAUGAGAAAGCCAGGGAGAUAAAAAAAAAAGAGAUGAGCCACUGGAAUCAAUUAGAAAUGGCUCAGAGAAAGUUCUUCCUCUUUUUUUUGAGGCGAUAUCUAAAACAUGACUAACUGAGACUGACAAGUACUCGUUCUCCUCUGCUGCUGCACCUACAAUAGUAGCGAGCAUACGCUAAGUAUGAGGUUACAGACUGUGAUGUAAAGUAAUGACCAUGCAAAUCCUGCCGCCUUCCUCUGGGUUUGUACAUUUUGAGGGCUGUGAAAUAUGAUUUUAACCUUUAAAUAUGCCGAGAGGGGUCAGUGAACAGACACGUUUUGUCAGCACCACUCAGACUCACACUCAUGUAUGUAAACUCUUGUAAACUCUGGGAAAGCUGCAAACUCUACAAAGUGAAUAUCUCUUCUGCUGUUUUCAAACUUUGAACAAUUUUUAUCGGAUAAAGACUAAAAAAUGGAGUUAGAGAAUGCAUAAAAAUGAAAUAAGAAUUGCUUGUUUUAAUGAUCUUUACUAAAAUUUCCACACAAAUAAGAAUCUCCUCUUUAUCCAAACUAAUAUAACCACCAAUACAGACUCUCAAGGGUCAUCAUCAUCAGUUAUGUCUGAUGCAGAACAGAAAAUCAGCUGCUAUCAUUCUGUUCUCCACGACUUUAUCUUUCGUUUAAACACAUCUGGAAGUUCUCUCGCACUGCCACAGUCUCUUGGUCCCAAAGUGGCUGCAGCACCCCGAGGGCACAUUGACAGUAGUUGUUGAGGGAGAACAGAACAUUACUCCCACAUUUACCUGCUCACAGUUCCCCCUGCCAGAUCACUAAAUUAGAUAGAUGACGUCCAAAACGUGAGCUGAGAUUUAUACGGCGGGCCUCUGCCGUGUAACGUCUACCGUCUGUGUGUGAAUCUGUCAGAGCAUGUUAAGUGUGUGUCUGGUAGUGAAAUUGUAUCAAUGGAGCUUUAUCAUUGACACCGUUUUUUAUACACAUGUCAUAGGUUUGUAUGCAUCUGUCUGUGGGUCUGUAGUGCUGUACAAGACUCUCCCGCUAAGACACACACACACAAACACACACACACACUAAAGCACAGAGAGGCCAGUCUUGCGCACAUGGCCUCCAUAUGGCAAAGCCCACUUUUAUUAGGACCAGGGCCAGUGUGAAUAUGUGUGUGUGUGUGAGUGUGUGUGUGUGUGUGUGUAUGUGUGUGCCACUCAGACACCAGGGCUCUGCCAGACAUGGCUGAAGGAAUUUCAAUUAGCGUCUCUUCCUCCCUCCCUUCGCCUGCAGUCCUCCUCGACACACAUGCACACUGAGACGUAUACACUUUUACACGCUCGGACAUAAAAAGCACAACCAUUAGGGCUUGACGUGUCACUAAGGAUAACUGCAUCAGGUCGUGGCAUUAGAAACACAAUCCAUCAUUUUCAACAAGUCUCACCGCUUGAUUGUAAUAGUGGGUAUAAGAGAAGUUUUCAAAAGACAAGAAAAACACUUAAAUACGAGAAGUGGAGGCCAAAACUUUCAGGUCAUGGUUUCUCUUGGCAGCGUACUGAGCAGGCAUUUCAUCGAGUAUCUACCUGAUAGCAAGCGCAGAUGUUUAACGUGGGUGGAAAGUUAGUGACAAACUCGGCUUUUGGCUGCGAUGAAACCAUGAUUAAGUAAUGCGCAUAUCUGCACUCCAUCAUGUAAUACAUACACAGUGUAUACAUGCGUUGUUAGUCUUUGCAUCAGUGCACAAGCUUGCAUGUGCAACAGUUUCUACACCACCUCCUGCUAUUUUGUAUGUGCUCGGAGAACACAUUGUACUCUUCAAACUACACUAAACAGAACAAUUAAAUCCUCUUUGACUACAUGAGAACAUGCAUGUGCUUUUGGACAUUCAAGACAUGGUGUUUUUGCUCAUUUUUACACCACACAUAUAACAACACUGCUCAUUUGUACUGCACAACCAAAGCAACUUCUUUAAAGCCACACACACAGAAACUUAUGAACAGAUUACUUCUUUGAUGCAGGAUUUCUGGUCUUUAUGUGCUCAUUAAAAAUAUGUUUCUUUUGCUGUAAUAAAAAGCUGAUUCCUACACGCAUAAAAUAUGAUACAGCAUCAUAAAAGGAUAUUAAAAUGCCAAAACAAGAGCUUAUUAUUGACCUUACUGGAAACAGAACUUUUAAAAGCUUUGCACUGAUGAGACGUAUGGUUUAGUUGUUAGAGUUGAUAUCAUCGUCACGUUAUCUGGUAACGUUCAGGAAGUCAAAUCCCAAAUGAGAGUCAUUAGAUGGUGUCAGAGGUGAUGAAGAAGUUUAGGCUCUAGCUCCAGGGUUGAGGCUCUCCUCUUUCUAAUCAUGUUGUCAAAACCAAGCACAGUACAUCAAACAGGGCCUGAAAGUGCGCUAUCUGGUACAUGUUUGUGUAAACUUGUCCGAGUUGAGCUUCCAUGUCACCUCAUCGCGGCCUUCAAAAUAAGACAACUCCCUUGUCUGAGUACGCAAAUCCUCAUUGUGUGAUUACGCUAUCAAAAAAAACAACAGAACCGUUCUUGUUCACUUCGUUCGAGCGCCGUCCGCAGACUGUCACAUCUUGUUUACAAGCAUGGGAAUAAAGCUAUGAAACAAAUGGACAUGUGUUCGCAGUCGAACCGCAGACUUGUGGUCAUGCGUAGCUCGAUUAGAAUCAAAUGGUGCCAACUUGACCACAGUCAGAGCUUUGGAUUUUCGCUGCGGCCACCCGUGUCGUAGGAGCUGCCACACAAACUUAUUGUUAACAUUAAUCACAGCGGACACAUAACCCACUGACGUGAAUUAAUUGAACGCAGCACUAUUUAUGGAGAGGCUAAUACACAGGACAUUAUUCUGAUUUAGUGUGUGUUGUCCAUGUCCAGGGUAAUCACACAGGACCGCCCCCUCAGGUUUGACCUCUACCUAUUGACCCGAGUCAGGAAGCUUUGUUAAUGGAAAGGUCAACGCUACAUGUAAUGCGUCACUUGUGGCUCUUCUGUUCCUCUGACACUGUUAUGUGGAGCAGCAAAUUAAAAUAAAUCAUUUGAAUGUGCAAGACUGCAACACAUGCCAAGAAACACCUCAAAGAAGCACAGUCUUCUAGGUCGAGGCAGACCAAAAGGGUAUCAGUCUACAAAAAUUCCCUUAAAACCACCACCACUGAGUCUUUCUCCCCUGCACCCAUUAACCUCCAAUGACUCAGCAGUUAGGUGACACUCUAGAAAAUACUUCCCAUUCCUAUUUUUUCCAAACAUCUUGAAAUUAUUCCCAGUCUCUCCAUUUUCUGUACGUCUUAUUUUGCUCCUCGCUCUGUGCCUGAUGAGUAGGGUUUAGUGUUCUCGUGGGAAAAGGUAACAGUGUGGCCCAUAAAAGAGAGUUAUGAGGAGGUGCUGGAAGCUCCAGAGGUUAGUGUCAGCAUCGCUUUUCAUUCAAAGUAACUCUGACAUCUUCAUGGACUUUUGUCUACAAGAGCCGUAAAUAAAAGCGGUGAGCCAACGUCACCGCACAAGCUUGUUCAGGAAACACUGAACCUAUCAUUGAGGCUCCUAAAGCUGCCAGGGCAGAGUUUAACAUCAGCCAUUACAUCCAGCUGCACUCUGAAAACAUACUAUAAACAUAUACUACCUGCACACCGCAUUCUGUAUUUACCUUGUCUAAUCUUCGCAACAACAAUCGUGCUCGUAGUCGUAACACAUGGGGAGUUCCUCUGAAGGGCAAAAACUUAAAUUAGUCAAGCUCUUCACCUCCUGACCUGAUAGCGUCUCACAAGCUGUGGUGUGCGCCUAUACGGACAGCAGAACAAAUGGUGAUGUUUGUUUAGAUGUAAAGAGCAGGCAGGGGUCUGGAUCGAAUCAUGUCAGCUUGGAUUCAGGCUCUUUUAUAGGAAUCUACAAAGCAAAAAACUGUCAACAUCACGGAGAAAUGUUACGUAAUAUUGAUCAUUAUCUUACGUAAGAGCUGUGUUGUUUGACUGGGACUUCUUUUACAAACUGGGAAUUAUUUAAAGGGCAGAGAAGUCAGGCCAAAUCAUCGAUAACACGUUAUAAAUUGUCAAGAAAGAAGACCGAUGAAGAGUUUUACUGGGAUUUACGAGUGCGAGACGCUUCACAUAAGUUAUUACGUAAUCUUUGAUGCCUAGAAAUGAAGUGUUCAGUCUGGGAUGAAACUAUAAGUCUUCAGAGGCUUUGAAGAAUAUUUAUUUCUCAUCAGCAGUAGAAACAUUAACGAAAAAGGACUUUAAAAGACUCCAAUUUGAUUUGUCACAUCUGACAUUCUGAUGUAUUUGGACGGUGUGAGUGAAAUUUUGGCAACCAUAAUGUGACGAACUUCUGCAUUAUGAAGACGAUAAAAGAAAAAGCAAACAUAGAACAAUCAGUGUACUUUCAUAGUUUUCAGAUUUGGUUAGACUUAAAAAUGUUUCCGUCAACACAAACACAAGAAUUUCUGCACAGGCUUUUUAAAGACUCACUUCGAUGAAAAUUGUGUUUUUCUUGUUUUUGAUAUGUUCAUAUAAAUGCGAAAUGGCUUUUCUGAGUAUUUCUUCAUUAAAAUCACUGUAAAUCUCCAGCAGACCCAAACGCCAGGUUCCAAAACAGUGAGAUUUCAUACGUAACCAAUCCAAGCUCCGCCCCCAGAGCCUUGCUAUGCAGGCCGCACUCUGCACAUAGAGGAGAAAUACAGAGGAUGAUCGCGGAACAAGCGUGUGCGUUAGCGGAUUGCAAUGCUCGUAAGAAAGCUAAUUAUGAUAUUAGCUUUCAUCAUGUCCCCAAAGACAUAAGUGUCCGAGAGCUGAAUUGCUCCUAUGUUACCUGCUACUUCUACUAUGCCGGCAAUGUUAGGCUACAAGCUAACGUGAAGAUGAGUGUGCAGAGCAGCGCUGUCUCUGUCCACGACUCAGAGGCCAAUUGCUAAUGAUCUACUGGAGCUCUGUCCCUAAAAAUGACACAGGCAACACAAUUUUUGGUAAAAACUUCAUAGUCACAAUGUAAAGACCAAAGAUAACACUUUAAGUAGUUAUAAAAAAAAAAAAACUAUCGGAGUCGUGGGACUUUAAAUCGUUGCAGCAGAGUCACAGCGUACACAUCUUGGCAUGUUAGAAAGAAAAGUCCAAUGCAAGGAGCAGUCAGAACACUCUCCGCAGAAGAGAGAUGAGUCCCCAUCAAUAUAUUGGUUAAGACGUUCACACAAUGCAUGAGCGCCGUUUUUUCACUUUUAAAAGCUGUUUUUGCCAAACAUCACUGAGGACAAUGACAGGAUCGGUCUCAUUUUUCCAUCACUGUUUACAUAUUUCCUAUCACCGCCUCUUGAUUUUGCCAUCAAUUCAACCCCCCCUUUUGUCCAUUAAUAUAUCAACUACAAAAAGACAGAAAUAAGAGCCAGAUUUCUGUAAGCAGACUGAACUGGCCCUGCCACAAACCCCAGCCGUCAGGCACCACCUUAAACAAAAGUCUGUCAGCAGCAAAUCAUGUUUCUGUGAGACCUUCAGCUGCUUUGGCGUAAGUCGGAUGAGAAAUUGAAGCCAAACAUUGAAAGUCAAUCAGUAUACACAAAGAAUUUUAGGUGGGACAUCUUUGUUUUGAUGGACGCCCUUUUUCAUUGUUUAUGUUACAUGGAUGAUUUUUUUACAAUCAUAAAUAUCUCGUGGGGAGGGAGAGACAGAGAAAGAAAAAAGUGGGGAUCCUCCAAGUCUAACAGCUCGCUCUCAUGAAAUCUCUCCAAUUUCUUCACAACUGUCAAGAUUCAAUCUGAAGAACUGCUUCCUUGUAAAUCUUCAGUACGCUUUUGUUUUUGAUUAAUGAUGUGUACUCCACAGAUAGAUAUCCCGAAGCUUUGAACACUUCAUGACGCACUCUUGACAUAUUCCUGGAGGUGAUUAUUGCAUAAGAACCAUACUGCACAUUGAGCUCAGUGUUUGUCUCCUCGACGAGCUGUCCUCCUGACAAUAAUCCAACAGUUUGUUUUUGUCUGAACAACGGAAAGUCAUUACAAAUGGAAACAAACUGAAAAACUGAAUCACAGCGUUAUUCACUCUGACUGGAGUAAACAGUGAUGGGAAAGUUGUUAGCAUCAUUUACAGUUGAGAACUUCAAAGUGCAGCGUUUGCAGAUUCAGCGAGACGCUUUCCCCCUCGGCACAGUUCGAGCCAGUGCUUAUUUAGUUUGCUUCACUCUGAGAAAAAAAGGAGAAAAAGUCAUUUAGGAGUUCAGCAGACUGAUGUCCAAUUGCCAUUUCUGCAGCGUAAUAAAAGCUUUGGGCUUUGUUUUUACUUUUCUUUCAAGUAGAUUCUUAUGAGCCAAGAACAAAAACAACACUCUGGAAGAACAGUGGCCUCUAGUAGCAGUGAACAAAACAACUGUCUGAUACCUGACAACUUCAAAUCCAAAUAGAAAAUCAGAGUUUUCUAGUUUUUUUUAAAUCAAAAACAUUUUGAAUAGGAAGAACAUUUUUAUCAUUUAAAAAAACUUUGACAUAGUGAAUAAAGUUUCCGUUAAAUGGGAUGCUCUUUCACAGUUUGUGCAAAAUUCCUCAAACCGUUCUGAGUUGAAUUCAGUAAACUAUGUAGUGAGGGAACAGUGAGUGUAAUAAAAACAGGAGUAGGCAUCGGUUUAGCUCAGCUGGUGGAACAGGCGCUCCAUGGAUGAGUUUAGACUGGUCAUGGGAUUGAUCCUGGUCCCUGCCUGGUUUGGUUUAUGCCCCCUCUAUCUCUAUCACAUUAACUCCACAGUCUGUUUUAAGCCGUCACCUCCUCAUCCCUGGACAUAAAUUAAGUCAUGGAUGAAGACGUCAUUAAUGGUGCGUUCGAGUUACCUUGGAAGUCAGAAGUCCGAGCUGGGAAUUAUGUCACAACCCAAGUUACCAGCGGAAGAUAGCAAAGUCGGAGGCGGAAACAAAAUGGCUACAUCUACGAAAGUUAUUUUAGUGCUUGCCUUAUAUUCGGACAAGGCAAGCACUAAGAUAACUGUCGUACAUGUAGCCAUCUUGUUUCGCAUUUUUGUGACUUGGUAACUGAAACGCUGAUAGCUCGGUUGUGACGUCAUUCCCAGCUCCGACAUCUGACUACCGAGGUAACUCGAACGCACUAUUGGCAACGACAUGAUUUUACCUGAGCGCAACUAAAGAUAACAAAUGUUUGUUUUUCUCUAAACAAUAAUAAAAUUCAAGAUUUAACAAAGCACAACUAAACUGUCUCAUACAUGUGGAGUUUAGCCAUCACGGGGCACCUUUUCUACCAACUGAACUAAACAAAAAUUUAGGAUGUGUUAUAAUUUAUGUGUAACUGUCUCAUUGAUUGCUAAGUUAGUGCAUUCUUAUUGGCCAUCUAUGUUUUUCAUUAUCAUAUGGGUCUUGAGUAACAAGCAGACAAUGUAAGAUUUUUGUUCUCCCUGCUCCCAGAUGGACAAAAUAUGCUAAAUCCUGAAUUACCUAGGGUGACCAUAUGUCCUCUUUUACCCGGACAUGUCCUCUUUUUUGGGGGCUGUCCGGGUUUGUCUGGCUUUGUCCAGAGAAGUUUAUAAAAUCCUUCAAAUGUCUGCAGUUUUGUAUGUAAAUUUCGAUUUUGUGUCACUUGGACUUAAUGAGUAAGAAACGUGUGAGAGACACUCAAUCCAACUCGAAAAACUCUCAAAAUUAACUUUACUUAUAUCAAAUAAGUACAGUUCCCCAAAUGAGAAGCAUCAUCUUCAUUGUUGUUUCAUUUCUCCAAGAAUUUGAAUAGUAAUGCUAGAUCCGUGAAACGACAAACGAACUCACUAAAAGUUGAAGAUCAGUGCAAGCUACAAAAAACUUUAAUAUCUAUUUUUAUUUAUUUUUACAUGAACUUUCAGACAUUCCUCUGAGAUGAAACUGUCUGCGGUUUGAACGCCGGUGUGAGGUUUUCUGCUUUUCUCUCUUUCACAAUAAAUUGAAUGUGUGUGGAAUUUGGCUGAGCUGUUGGGACAGGAUAUUUGUGCUGUAUAAAAGCAGGACUGUCAUUUUUCAAGUUUAGUAGAGUUUUUUUUUUACAGACGAUCAGAUUUAUGAAGACAACAACUAUUAGAUGAACAGACAGAGAUAACAGUCCAAGAAGUCCAGACUCCGUAAGGAACUUCAGACAGCAACUGUAGGCGUCGCUGCAUUUAACUGUUGAUAUAUAAUAUUUUAAAAAGUUAGAUAUAUGCCAAACAAUAUACUGUACGCUCAAUACUGAAAAUACUCUUGUGGUGUUAGUCUAGUGCAACGAACAGGCAGAAUUUAAGGCCAGUAAAUCAAUGGGAGGCAAAGAACAGCAUCUGUGACAGAUAACAUCCAGAGCUGCUGCAAUACAGACACCACGUGCUGCAGGAAAGACCCUAACUCAACACACACACACACACACACACCUCAUGUUCCUGCUCCUUCGUGCUCUCUUCCUUACCCUGACCCUGCUGCUACGAACACACACUCACUCUUACACACACACACACACACACACACACACACACACACACACACACACACACACACACACACACACACACACACACACACACACACACACACACACAGCAUGAAAGUGGGGCUCUUAAUGGAGUCAUCAAAGGUAGAGCUGAGAGUUGAGUUCAGAGAGGCAUCUGGACAGCCAGGCCGUUUGAACAGAGCAGUCAGGAAUGCCAGCUAAUUACCCUCUGUGUGUGUGUGUGUGUGUGCGAGUGUGUGUGUGUGUGUGUCCACUAUGUGAACUGAUAAAAGUGCAUGUGGUUGAAAAGACAAAGACUGUAGGAACAAUACAGCCGAGUGAGAUUUAUAUGACAAACUCAUUUAUACAUGAUUUAACAUGGUUUUUAAGGCUGAAAAGUCCAACACCAACAACUCCGACCACAACAGUUGGGUAAUAUUGCACUGGCAGCUGAACUGUAAAUGAAAAAUGUGUGAAAUGCAGACGGCCGUCGCAGCACUUUCCCUGAAAACAUAACUCCUGUCGUGUCAGGCCUGUGAAAUGUUUGGACAGAAACUGGCAGCUUUUGCACUUGAUCGUGUUACAAAGUCAACUGCAUCGAAAAAAAAAAAAUCAUGUUUUUUUUUUCUUUUCCUCUCGAUUAAAUCACUAUCAACAACACAGACAAAUCUAUUUUGGUUUCCUCCCUGCCACUCUUAAACCUAUGUGACAUAACCUGCCGGGGUCUUGUUGCGCUCGGUAAACUGAUCGCACAUUAAGCGUUUUCUCACAGGUGAUUCUUUUUGUUUGAUUUCCUUAAUAAUCCGUUUCUGUUUUCCUUUGCGUAUCUCAGCCAGUUUUGAAAUCACACACAGCUCAAGCAGCAUGUGGUCCAGCUAUUUCUGGCCUAUGAGAAAGACACUGAUGUGAAUGUUUCUGUCAGGGGAGGAAAUAAAACCGUUAUGGCGGCAAGAAUAUACAAAAUAAUACGGCGAGCGCGGGUCAAAAAGAACAAUCGUAUUAAAGAAAAAGAAAGACCUUCAAAGGAAUCCACUUCAUGUCUAUUCAAUAUGAUUUAUAACCUGGAAAUCAAACAAGAGCUAAACAAUUUCUGAGGAAAUACUCUAUUUGAAAAAAAAAUUUGCCAUUUUGAAAAUCAGAAACAGGCCUUCGUUUUUCUCAGCUUUGGUCGAAAACCGUCGACCAGUCAGACUUUGAUGUGGUCACUUAGCGCAGGAUGAUACUGUUGUCAACCACAUCAGUCUAAACCAAUACCUCAACGCUCCUCCAAGCACAAAAUAUACAACAGUUUCCACUCCGACCAAAUAUCUCUGCUGACAAAACCAAAGAGUGUUUGUUCUCCCUCUUAGACUUCAGAAAGAGCCGGAAAUAUUAAAGCAAACUCCAAGAGCAAAUAAUGCAAGAGAAACAGUUUAAUCCUGUUAAACUGUGGUUUUGUUUUAAUGCAACAGCAGCCAAGAAGGCCUGUUUGACUUUUUUUUUUUUCUUUGCGUUCCUUUAUUCUCAUGUUCAACUUUUUUUUUUUGUGGAUUUUCCUUUCUCGUUAUUUUUGCAAGCGGUCCCAUGGAUGUAAACUCCCAUGUCAGAACAAAUUCAAGACAUCGUCAGUCAUAGUUUCAAAAGAGAAGAAUGAUCUUUGUGUUUUAACCUCAACUGAUUCAAAUCAGAUAUUAAAGCUUAAAACAAUACAUAAAGGGCCACUCUUGCCUCUUCUUUCUUGGAUGUCACUUUUACUUCCCCUCCAUAAGUGGAAGCAUUAGUUUUAGCGUUUCGUUUCAGUAUUCAAGAGUUUUGGCCCCGGAAUAAAAGAACCAGACCGUUUCCAUUGUUCCCUCUGAGGGGAGUUCAUGACACAAACUAGUCUGCAAGUGACGAUAUUUCACAAUAAGUGAAGUGAGAGCCGUCUCUCAGGGCUGUGGGCAGGCAGUAGACCCUGCUCACAGCUGGUCAUCGUGUCAAGGUCAGACUGUGAACAACCGCAGUGUAAUCUUCAAAAAGAAUCUGCAGGAUAAACAGUGGUAACAUUUUCAUAACCUUCUGUAACCUUUAGGUUCAACUGGAGUCUCGCUGACCUGCUUUCCAAAAGGGGCGGGUGCAGGGGUCAACGGGAGGUCUGUGGAUAUGUGUGUGUGUAUGUGUGUGUGGAGACUGAUUAACACUGUGUUAUGUAAUGACUGUAUGAGGUCAUUCGUGUUCCUUUACAUUGUAUAUUAAUGAGAAAAACUAACCAAAGCUAGUGCCUUAGAAGUACGUGACUUUAAGUCCUUAAAUGUCACAUUUGAGUGAAUAAUAUUUCUAAUUUAUCAGAGUUUUCUUUUUCAUCUCAUAUGGACAAUAAGCAAAUCAAACUGAAGCCGACUAUUAAACAGCUUUGGCUGAAUUUUCACUUCUUUACCGAACAGAUUUUACUGGAGUCAUAUACCCAUAUAGGUGCAAGUGGUACAAGUCCGAACAAGGAUCUGUGCACAAGCACCAAUCGGCCUGACACUAUGACAACACAACACCAGAGAAACCAUAUUACUGUUCUGUGGUGACUAAAAAGAGAGUUAGACUAGAGCAAUAACUGAUAACUUGACAGUUUUUGUAGUGCUUUCUCUGGUCCUUUUCAGUUUGUGAACAAGGCUGUAAUCAUGUUUACUAUUGGAGUAAGAAAUGCAUUUUUAGAUCGUUAAUUUGAGGAACAAAUAAAAAGUCUAUGUAGCACUGUAAAUCGUAUCUAGGUUUUAUAAAAAAAUCUAUGUAGCUUUACAAAUCAUAUCUAGGUUGUAUAAAAAGUCUAUGUAGAAUUGUAAAUCAUAUCUAGGUUGUAUUGUACUGUUAAACUCAACAUGGUCAGAUUAGGCUGGAGCAUAAAUGGUGUAAAGUAUCAAAGCUGCUGUUGUGUGUGUGUGUGUGUGUGUGUGUAUUCUGCUCAUGUAUGACUGAGCUGUAGUGUUCCUAUAAAUGGCAGAAGGUUUAUGGAUUUGACAGGGUCAAACUGGAGUUACAUUUUGGCCAUGAAACGCAUUAAACCUCAUAGUGGCCUUUAUGAAGUGGUUAAUGAACAGUUUCUCACUGUUAGAGGGCCAGGUUGUGUUUAUUUGUACUCAUAGCCCGGUUAGUGUUACGGUUUGGAUUUGGCUGGCAGAGACCCAUUUGGCUCGGUUUUAUGAAAGUUGUAGUGUUGCCCUGUUACACACAGGUGUUUGCCCUUGGUAGCUUUGAAAAAAAAAAAAAAAAGGUUGAUAGGGGAAAAUGUUCAUGCCUUUAACAUUAGCUGAACCCUGUACUAUUUGUACUUCCAGCUUAGGAUCAUAACUUUUUUUGCUUUUACACUUAAAAGAUACAUUCAUAAUUAGGACGCUGGGCUGAGAUCCAGGAGGCACAAGGAGGGAGAAAAAAUGUAGAAAAAUACAUUAACAGGCUCAAGAUGCCAGUAAGAAGAGGUGUUGACUGGGGGAAAUUAGGGAGCAAAAUCAAAACCGUAACUUUUAGGGGCAAUCUGGGUUUGACACCAGGGUUUGAAUCAUUCGUCUGUGUAUGUGCAUUCCUCCGUCCAUCUGUGUAUUUAUUACAAAGAAGUGAUGUAAGAGUCUGGGACACAGGCUCUGGUCCUGUUUUUCUGCCUGCCAUAAACUCUGUUGUCGCAAUCUAAGCCUUUUGUUUCGCCCUGUCCUUUUAACUCACAGGCAGACCGGCUGCUUCUGGUAACUGGUACAGGGGCCAUAAAAGAGUCCUUUGCUUUGGUUUUCAACAAACCACAUCAAACGGGUAGAGAGAUCAGGGUUUUAACAGGUGGAUCGGCCUCUAGAGCUGCAUGGACUGAUCAUAGCUCAGUAACGUCACCUUUAAGGCGACGAAAUUGACUACGGAGGGGGCAACAGGUUACACAGACAAGCGUGACAUGGAUGACAUUUUGAACUUAAACAACAAAGUGAGCAUCGUAAGCUUCAUCUUUACUCUUCUGUGUUUCUCUACAGCUCCACUUGACCUUUAAACAAAAACUCGACUGAUUCAGGCUCUCUUUUAUAAUGCAACAGGUUGCAAAGUUGUCCAUAACAGGAAAGUCUAUCUAUGCCAAAAAAUUUAAGAUCUCAAGAAUAACAAUAAAAGACUUUUAAUAACACUCAAAAUCCUGUAAGUUUUCCACUUCUCCCUUUUCAACUAUUCCUGCAACUUGGCUUCACUUCCUGCUGGCCCUUUGAGCUAAUCCUCUCAAACCCCUGAUAGUUUUAUGGCUUGGUGUAACUGACUUUAGGAUGAGAGAAGAAAGGGCCGGCGACCACAGCUUAAACCAGUAAUUGGUUCAGGCUUGAAAACUGAUAUGGAUGCCCUGACCUCUUGCCAGCCUGGCAGCCACAGAGGCUCUCUCCGUCCUGUCUGUGUGCCUGCCUGCCUGCCUCCUCUGGUCAGAAAAACAAACAUAGAACGGAGAAAUGUUUUUUCCUGGCUUACACCUCGGUCCCAGGGCACAUGGCCCAAAAGCCAACCAGCAGAUGAACAGGGGGCAAGAGGCCGCUCUGAGGUCUGACUGUCACACUGCAGAAAGGGGGGUGUGAGACCAGGGUCUAGUUGUAUAACUUGAGCAGGAUAACUGGGAUCACCUAGAUUUCUUCCGAUCUUCUGUAUUAUUUACAUUUUAAACUUCAAAAUGCAUCUUCUUACAUUUUAAACGAUCCAAUGAAUGAAUGAAAUUUUUGUUUCUUUAUCCUUGAAAAAGAUUCAGAGGCAUUAAUUAUUUAUUGAAAUUUUCUUUAUUUAGGGUGACCAUACGUCCUCUUUUACCCGGACAUGUCCUCUUUUUUGGGGGGCUGUCCAGGCUUUUCCGGCCUUGUCUGGGGAAGUUUAUAAAAUCCUUCAAAUGUCCGCGGUUUUGUACGAGAGUUUCGCUUUUGUGGGACGUGGACUUACUGAGUCAGAAGCACAUGAAAGACACUCGAUCCGACCCGAAAAAUUCUCAAAAUUAACUUUGUGCUACUCUGUAACUCCGCCCUCGCGUAGUCGUGUCCUCUUUUUGGGAAGUCAGAAUAUGGUCACCCUACUUUAUAUCCUGACUGCCUUAGCCUCAGCCUUAAAAUUGGGUCAAAUAAACUUCUAUUUGCAGUUUUCAAAGGACUGUAUUUAGAAAGUCAUGCUUCCUUAUUGUCCACUCUGCAGUAGUUUACUUUGCAUAAGACAAUUCUUCCAUCAGCUAAAUACAGCGAGCUUAUCACUCAUGACAGUCAGAGAAAAACAGUUGAAUAUGGUAAACAUGACCAUGUGUUCUGCACGCUUACUAACACCCGCCUCAACCCUUGCUGUGUUGAUGAGAUGGGUCAAUAACUUGACAUAAAGAUGGCGGUCUAUUCCAACAAACAAAAACAGGACACUUAGGUUGCACAUAUCGCUCACUGAUGUUUUUGUUGAUGUUUUGUUGGGCAAAAAUCAAAUUCAGUAGAGUACAGGAAUAACAAUACGAGUGCCUUUCUGUCUGUGGAACCACAGAGUUUGACGUAUUUGUCUCUCUUCAUUGUUGUUUCAGGUAUUUUGGAGAUCAAGUCAGUGGAUGUGGGGGUGGUGGCCAUCAGGGGCCUCAGCAGUAACUACUACCUGGCAAUCAGCAAGAAAGGCGAGCUAUACGGAGCGGUAAGUCGCUGUUUCACAUCAAUCUUCUCAUCUUAAAGAUACAUUACUUUUUAGUCUAGAUUAUUCUCUGACCAAAAAAAAAAAGGGGCAGAACCCAAUGUACAUGAAGUUCAAUGAUUGUUCAUUUAUUUCAGGUAGUACAGUAUGAAAAAUCUGUUUAGAUAUCAGUAGGUCAAAGGUGCACCAGAACUUUCUCUGAAAGUUGUUAUAAACUUCCUAGAAUGCUUUUUUCAAACAAGUGACAAGGCUGCAAAACCCACCCACUAGGAACCAAAGUCAGUCAGUGUGGGCUCACCUCUCUCCUCCUCUCCAUUCACAAAAAAAGGAACACAAUCCUCCAGUUUCUCUAUUCUGCUUUAGACCCUCUAGGGAGAGCAGCCCUCGUUUCAUCUGUUUUCUCUCCUUCCGUUCUUUUUCUUCAUCUCAUUCUCUGCCUCCUUUUUUUUUCUUCUCUUCUCUUCUCUGAAAGACCCCAACUUUCAGCAUGUCUCUCUGGAGCCACACCACAGAUGAAAUGACACACGGUAGAAAUAGACAGAGAGGCAUUCUGUUGCAUGGCCUGAAACUGAAUUCCCAUGACGUCUUCUGCUUGGUGCAACACAAGCCAUAGUAGCAGCGCAGUGAAGGGCUGGCUAUGGAUUACACUAGAUGGGUUUACACAGUGACUUCUUUAUCCAGUGUCAUCAAAUGAAAUCAUUGUUUCACUUCAUUGAUGGACGAAAGGCGACUUAAAACAGUGAUUUUUACCAAGUUACGCAAUUAUAAUAUUUAUUGAAAACUCUGGCCAAGAAAAAAGGACCUUUUUUAAAUCAUUUGACGUAAUUUUUGAUGAAAGUUUCUUUUUUAAAUGCUCAUCGAAUAAUUUGGAACACAUAGACGCAGACACUUAGUGUAUUUAGCUGAUCUAAGCACUGUGCAGUGAUAAAUAAAAGAGCUGCAGCGUCUGUAAAAUAUUCUUAUUUUGCUUUGGGAACAUUCAGUUUUAUUUCUGGAACUAAUUUGAACAGCUGUGGCCCGAUACAGAGAGACAGAGAGCGAAAGAGAGAGAGAGAGAGGGGGACUGAGUUAUAUUUUGCUUGUGUGUGUGUGUGUGUGUAUUUGUGCACAUUCAGGGCAAGUACAUUUUUGCUUGUAAAUAUCAACCACGUCCAGUUAACUGGCUGUUUAGGCAGCGUUAGCCUUAAGCACAAGAGCAGCUUCCAGUAAACUGAAAAAUGUUACUCUCUCAGAUCAUUUUCUCUUUAUUUACCGGUGGGUGGUCACUGCGGGACUGGGAGCCACAAAUAUGGUGACACAAUGCUCUUCCCCUGGCUCAGAGCCCUAAACACUCUAGACGUCACACAUCUUGUGCCUACCUCUCACUCAUGUAGUCUUGACAAAUCCAAACUGCCUGUCCGGUGUUUUCCUCUAAUAGGUCUGGAUGACACUGAAUUGUGCAAUAGAUUCUUAAGCAAGGCUGACCUUUUGAUGAUCCACGUUGUCACAAUAAGAAAACAUCAACAUGUUCUUGCUGUGCACCAACAAAGCCCAAAGGAAAAGAUUAUCGUUAAUUAUCAAGUUGACGUUAAACAUGAGCACAAGAAGGAUCCAAGUUUUAAGGCCAUGAUUUCCUUUAGAAAAGCACUGGAGCGUUUAUCGUACUGGAUUAAUCAUUUGAUUAAAAAAAAAAAUUAAAAUAUGAGCAUGCAAGUUACAUAAAAAAAUUUAAAGAGUGAAGUUUAUAUGACAGGCUGAAAACUUAUGGAAUUUAGAAUAUUUUGGAUUUCAUCCACAGAUUUGAUCAAUUAUUGGCCCAAUCACCUAAGAUCUUUUUACCAACCAACUAACUAAUUCAGUUUAAGUUUCAGGCUAAAGGUCCUUACACACCAGCGAAUUUGCGGAGUGAAGCGAAAAAGCGAGACGAAAAUGCGAAAAUAUUCGCCGAUCCAAAAAGUGGCUUUCACCUAAACACACCGGGCGACCACUCUGUGGUUCACACUCUCUUCCAUCGUUGCUCUUGGUGCCAGUGGUGGUGUGUGUCGCGUGAACUGCAGCCGCAAGGGUCUGUGACGUCAUCAACAACAUGACUUUUGAUCGAUUGGCCAGAGGUCUAGCAGGUCCAGAUAUUCGCCUGCGAAUCUCUGAAAAAUUCGACACAAGAGCGAAAAAAUAAAAGACGCUUUUCGCCCCACGGAAAAAUCGCCGCCGGUGUGGAAGCUUGCAUUGACUUUAUGCUGUUUUAAAAAAAGGCAAAUAAAGGCGAAUAAUUCGCCUGGCGAAUUCGCGCCUGGUGUGUAAGGACCUUAGAGAGGAAACACGCUUAUGUGAAACCACUUAGCCUUUUCUCCUUUAUACAGCCAACUAAUAAAGCCCAAGGUCCAAAUCCCUGUCCAAUAGAAGUGAUGUUUGGGGCCGAGGCGGUCUAAGGGAGUACCACACAUGCAGGCAGCCUGGUUUAAUUCACUCACUAACCCCUUUCCUGCAUGUCAAUCCCCGCUCUCUUCCCUGUUUUCUACUCUGAACUCUCUCUUGUCCAAAGACCAAAAAAAGACCCUGAAAAAAUGUCAAGAAAAAAAAAGAAGAGGUGACUCUAUUACAGCGUAAUCUAAUGUCUUUGCCAAUCCUCUACUGUCCCCACGUUUCAUUCACACACUGUGUCUCUCCUUCGCAGAGGGACUUUGGUGUGGACUGCCGUCUGAUUGAACGCAUCGAGGAGAACAAGUACAAUACCUAUGCUUCAGCAGAGUGGCGCAACAAAAAGAAGCACAUGUUUGUGGGACUGAAUGCCAAUGGCAAACCGAUGAGGGGGAAGAAGACAAGAAGGAAAAACACUGCCACUCACUUCCUGCCCAUUGUGGUACAACCACGAUGAUUAGACAUAUCGCCAUGAGAGAGCUCUACACACUGCAGACUAUGAGACUUUGUUGGAAUUACAGCGAUUGCUAUAUUGGACAGAUCUAAUUCAGAUCUGUAUGAUGCACUGAGGAGGAAAAGAACUGAAACCCGAGGACAUUUUAUCUCUGUUGGACAAAGACAUUUCUAUUUUCAAAAAAAAGAAAUAAGAUAUAUUGCUAUACAAUGUAUAUAUUAUUUCCAGUUCUAAGUUAUCAAGUACAUAGGCACAGUAGAAAAUAUGAAAAGAAAUUUAAUCUGUGCCAAAUGUGAUUAGUAAAGUUACUCACAUUUCUAGAUUUGUGUACAUGUGAAGCUUUUGACCAAAAUGAGAUAAAAUGACAUUAUGUGUACAAAUAGAGGGGAAGAGAGAGAGAGAGAGAAGAGGAAGUGUUGUUAGACAGAGAGGGAAGGAAAGAAAGGAUGAGGAAAAGUUUGAGUCAAGAAGCUCCGACACGGCAUCAAGUCUGACACUAUCCUGAUUUUCUUUGAAUUUAUUUAUUUUGUGUAAUAUUUAACAGCAAAGAACAAAAACAGAAAAAAGACAAACUCUUGUCUUUUUUUUACCAUUUAUGCUUCUUUUUUGAAUACUAAUCAUUUAAACCUGAAUAAAUAUAAAAAUAUAUUUGUCUUUAAA